CAUUCACUGUGCUGACAGUUGUAAUUGUACUUGCAUUUCUACUUGUUGUAUUCUGCAUAUGGUUAAGAAAACGAAAAAUCAGAUAUCCAUGCAGAAAGACAGAAUUACAAACACACGAAUCCUAUGAAGAUAACCUCACAGAUCAUUUAUUUGAACUGAACGAUACCGAGCCGCCCAGUGCACCAAACCCAGAAUAUCCAGAUCCAGAUGAUGAGGCAGGGGCAAGAUUGAUAGAUGAGAAAAAAGAGAAAGAAGUUAAUACUAAAGAUAUACAAACACAACGGAAGUACCAAGACCUAGAACAACCAGGUGCAUUUCCUUCAGGAAGUACACACAGCGAGGAUACACAUGACAAUGGCGAGGACUUUAUUAUAGCAGCAAUUAAUUUGGGGACAAGUCACACAAAGUACGGUUUCUGUGAUAGAAGAUCAAUGAAUCCAGAAGUAUUUGUACAACCAUCUGUUAUUCUGUUAAACUCAGAUAAAGACUUUAUGUCGUUUGGUGAUGAAGCAAACGAUAAGUAUCUUAAUUCGGAAAGUCAUGACAUCAUCGAUGGCCAUCAUUACUUCAGGAAUUUUUCUAUACUGGAGACAAUUCCCAAUUUGAGGAAUUGUAAAGAUAAAAGAUUUGCCGACCAAAAAGGAAGAAAUGUGAAACUAUCAAAAGUAUUCAUCGAGACUUUUACCUAUCUAAAGAAGGAAAUUUCCGAGAAAGCUGAAAAAAAGUUUCCAAAUAUGUCAAUCACACAUUGGAUAUUAUGUGUGCCUCCUACAUGGAAAAAAGAUGCUGUGGAAUUCUUGAAAUCUGCAGCUGAACAGGCCGGAAUAACAACUAAUUUACAGGUUGUCAAUGAACAUAAAGCAGUAUUAAGGUGGUGGUUUUCCGAGAAAGGAGGACAAGAGAAUAAGGACGGGACUUUUCUAUUUGUUGAUUUAGGAGGCGGAAUCACAAAAGUAUAUGGUGUAACUUCUGGGGGAGAGUGGAUAGCUUCUAAUGAUACACCAGGUAUCGGAGGACUCUCUGUUUUGAAGGAAUUUCAAAGAUAUAUGGAAAAGGUGUUUACACCAGAAGUAUACGAAGAUUUUAGAGCGAAUUAUCGAAAGGAUUCUUUCAAUUUAAACCUGGAUAUUAUCCGUACUAUCUUUAGCCAUGAAAGGGAUACUACAAUAUUACAAAGAUCGUCACAUUUUGAAAAACUAAAGAAAGUAUUCAGACAUAUCAACGUUGAUAAAGAGGCGCCAAACCUAGACUUUCAAGACAUAGACGACAUCCUUUUGAAACCAUUAAAACAAAACAUAGAAGAAGGCAUUAACAAAGCUGUGAUAGAAUUGCCAUCAAAUGGAACUGUAUUUGUGUUUGGAGGUGCAUCUAAAUCUGACAUAUUAUAUGAAUAUGUGAAAUCUCUGCUGAAAGAUACGAGCAGUUUUCAUGUAGAGAGAUUCGAACACCCAGAUAUGGCCAUCAUAGGAGGAUCUAUAAUUGAAGGAAUCAAUUUAAAGAAAUAAAAGAAGGAAACAGCAAUGGAUAUAAAACAUAUGUGAUGACAGCAAUGUCAAAGUAUUCCAUUGUAAAUACUUGUCCAGUGGUGCAUUGCAUGGUCAAUGACAGCAGAAACCUUCAACAUAUUUCGCAAUAUUUCGUUAAAUUAGUUUUAUUUACUGUACAGAUAUUUUAUUUGCAAAAGUUAAUUCCAAUAAUCUCAUCUGAUCAUUGGCAAAUGUAGCUGCAGAACUGUAGCUCUCUGGAAAAUAAUAUCUCUGUUCCGUCCCAAUAUUUUGUUCAGUGAGCUACAGUUCUGCAGAUAUGGCAAGUGUGGAAAAGGCCCGUACCUCAACACCACUUGUUGAUAGAAAUGUACGAAUACCGCAUGCGUUUUCUUUCUGGGUGAUUUGCUUGCCAAACAUCCUUGUUGGAGUAUACCCAUAAUAAACAUCUCUUUUUUUUU